AUGGAGAAAGUUCCUAUCAACAUGAACAGAGAUAUCAGCGAGAUUCUCCGCAUAACUCGGCCAGGCGGAAGCGGAACCACUCCCGGUUUCUUCCACGGGACAUUUACCCUGAAUGAAGGACAGGAACCCGCCGACACUUUUCUCCGCCCGUUAGGAUGGGUCAAGGGCUUCGCAUUUAUCAACGGUAUCAACAUUGGUCGCUACUGGCCAGUAACUGGACCGCAGGUGACGCUGUAUGUGCCGGGCGUGUACCUGAGACCUCACCCGGAAGAGAACCAGCUGCUACUCUUCGAGACCGAAGAUGCGCCAGCGAACCGUACAGUGAUGUUGGUGGACAAGCCCUUACUAGACGCACGUAUCCUUCGACCGAGACCCUGA